AUUCCCUCCAAAACUGUCCAACUGCCAUCAACUGCAGAAAACACAGGAUAUCCUCAUACAGCUACUAAGUGUUUUGAAUCCACUCUACCUUUAAGUUACUGAAAAAAUUUUCAGUUAAUAAAAUGUCUCCUGCUCUAUCUUUAUCUAUCUCUCACCUUCCCAUCUGCAAAUGCCAAGAUGAUCCAAAAGACAGUUCCAUGAUCAGCAAAAGCUCCAGCAGAGAGAACACAUGUCACAGAACUCCAGUAGCGAAUAUUGAUGUCAAAUUUAGUCGGCGAAACCUGUUACAAAGCACUGGUGUAAGCCUAGUUGGAGGGACUCUGGCUCAGCCUGCAAGGGCUGGACCAGAGCCAGAAAGUCCAAUAGAAGCUGGUUCGAGUAGAAUGUCAUAUUCAAGAUUGUUAGAGUACUUAGAUCAAGGUAAUGUUAAGAAGGUGGAUUUGUUCGAGAAUGGGACUGUGGCAAUUGUUGAGAUAUACAAUCCUGCACUGGAGAAAAUCCAGAGAGUUAAAGUUCAGCUGCCCGGAUUGCCACAAGAAUUGUUGACAAAGCUCAAAGAGAAGGAUGUGGAUUUUGCAUCUCAUCCAAUGGAGGUGAAUAUGGCCUCUGCCGUUCUUGACUUGCUGGGAAAUUUGGCUUUUCCCUUGAUACUGCUUGGCGCUCUCCUCUUGAGAAGUUCUUCAAAUACACCCGGAGCUGGAGGUCCAAACCUACCUUUUGGAUUAGGAAGGAGCAAAGCCAAAUUUCAAAUGGAACCAAAUACUGGAGUGACAUUUGAUGAUGUAGCUGGAGUUGAUGAAGCAAAGCAAGAUUUUCAGGAAGUUGUUGAGUUCUUAAGAACCCCAGAUAAAUUUGCUGCAGUAGGAGCAAAAAUUCCCAAGGGCGUACUCUUAAUAGGACCUCCAGGAACAGGGAAGACAUUGUUGGCUAAAGCCAUAGCUGGAGAAGCGGGCGUUCCUUUCUUUUCCCUUUCAGGUUCAGAGUUUAUUGAGAUGUUUGUUGGAGUGGGAGCUUCUAGAGUGAGGGACUUAUUCAACAAAGCUCAACAGAAUUCACCAUGUUUGGUCUUCAUUGAUGAGAUUGAUGCUGUUGGGAGGCAGAGAGGAACUGGUAUUGGUGGAGGAAAUGACGAAAGGGAGCAAACACUUAACCAGCUGCUCACAGAAAUGGAUGGUUUUACGGGAAAUACUGGAGUCAUUGUCCUUGCUGCCACUAACAGACCCGAUGUUCUAGAUGAAGCUUUGCUUAGGCCAGGAAGGUUUGACAGACAGGUUAGUGUUGGACUCCCAGAUGUAAGAGGGAGAGAAGAAAUAUUGAAGGUUCACAGCAACAAGAAGAAACUCGACAAGGAUGUCUCUCUCAGUGUCAUUUCUAUGAGGACUCCAGGAUUCAGUGGUGCAGAUCUUGCAAACCUCAUGAAUGAAGCUGCUAUUCUUGCUGGUCGGAGAGGCAAAGAUAAGAUAACCUUGAAAGAGAUUGAUGAUUCAAUUGAUCGAAUUGUAGCUGGAAUGGAGGGAACCCAGAUGACGGAUGGAAAGAGCAAGAUUUUAGUGGCUUAUCACGAAGUUGGGCAUGCAGUCUGCGCGACCUUGACACCGGGUCAUGAUCCAGUACAGAAGGUGACAAUGAUCCCUAGGGGUCAAGCCCGUGGUCUGACGUGGUUCAUACCCGGUGAGGAUCCAACACUGAUCUCAAAGCAGCAGCUUUUCGCCAGAAUUGUUGGAGGGCUUGGAGGUAGGGCCGCAGAAGAAAUAAUAUUCGGCGAACCAGAAAUAACAACUGGUGCUGCAGGAGACUUGCAGCAGAUUACCCAAGUAGCAAGACAGAUGGUGACAACUUAUGGAAUGUCUGAGAUUGGGCCGUGGUCUUUGACUGAUCCGGCAGGACAGAGCAGUGAUGUGGUGCUGAGAAUGCUGGCAAGAAACAACCUGUCUGAAAAGCUUGCCGAAGAUAUUGAUAAAUCGGUGCGUCAGAUUAUUGAAAGAGCAUAUGAAAUUGCAAAGAAUCACAUAAGAAAUAGCAGGGAGGCAAUGGACAGUAUAGUAGAAGUGUUGCAAGAAAAGGAAACCCUGACAGGUGAUGAGUUCAGGGCUCUGCUCUCAGAGUUUACCGACAUUCCUCCUGAUCAUCUAUCUAGAAAACCAAUACGCGAGCUGAUUGAGGCCUAAGUACUAACCAGCCUUGUAAAUUUACUUGAAUAACACAUUGUAUCUUCAACACAUUGUACAUGCAUACUGAAUGAAAUGCAAUUAGAAAGUAUGAACAAAGAGCAUAUAAAGCAUCAGCAAUGUCCAAAAAAGAACAUAACUUUGUGCAGGUAGCAAUAAACAAUUGAAGCUCCA